AUGAUUGCUCCCGCCGCUCACGCUGCAGUGCCUCCACAACCAGUCCUUGACUGGACCCUGGAGUCAUUCCUCAAUCUUCCGGAGUCUCCGGGAGGGCUGAACAUGUCUACCGGAACGCCGCUGGUCGCGUUGAUUCCCACCGCCGUGAUCCUCGAUGGCUCCCCAAACCCCGCCACGUCGUCCCGCGCGAAGGCGACGCCCGUCUCCACCGCCUUCUACCCCGGCGCCCCGAUCAACGCAGGUCCCGAGGAUGUCAUCCUCGUCUCUAGGGACCUCAUCCUCUUCUACACUCACUCCCGCAUUCUUGACAGCUCAAGUAACCGUUUCAAUGGCUUGCACUCUCUGCGCCGCUCGGGCUGCGGCACAGCCAGCGCACCCCGCGUCGUUUCGGUGCCCGAGGACGCCCAGGUCCUCAACGUCCUCCUGCACUUCAUAUACGACAUCGACUGCGUGCGCUACUCACCUGCGUUCGCGCUCGCAUCGAGCGCACUGCAGGCGCUCCCGAGAUACGGAUUCGACGUCAAAUCUGCCGUCGCGCCGGGUCGCAAAUCCUUCGAUUUGUUCUUGCACCGAUACGCGCCCGCCAUGCCGAUGGAGGUGUACGCCCUGGCGGGCGCCCAUGACCUUAUGAGCCUCGCCGUCGCCGCCUCUGCGCACCUGCACGCGUUCCCGCUCCCGAGCAUCGACGACGCGCUCGCGGAGCGCAUGGGGGCCCGGUACCUCCGCCGCCUGUUCUUCCUCCACCUCGGCCGGACGGACGCGCUGAAGCGCCUCUUGCUCGCGCCGCCGGAGCAGCACCUGCCCAGCCCCGUUUGUAGCGUCGAGGAGCAGAGGGAGCUCACCCGCGCGUGGGCGCUGGCGUGCGCGUAUAUCGGAUGGGCCCCGCGACCGAGUGAGCUUCCGGGUGUUACGGCUAUACUGCCGGUUGUCCUCAUCUGA